GUGUGGUGCGGCUAUUUUUUUGACAGAGGACGAAGGGACGACCUGGUACUGUUGUGGUGGCAUCAUGACGUUCGAAAUUGACAAGGCGACGACAAAGAAGGGUAAGGUCGACGAGCGCGUCUUGAGGAAGUUAUUCCUCACUUCAGUGUUUGAUGAUCAGGGUACUGAUUGGGUCAAAAGUGGUCGGAAAGUCAGCCUCGACCUUGCUCUGUUCAAGGGAUAUGGUCAAAAGGCUUUCGCUAUGAAAGCCUUCGACGUCAAGGGGGAUGAAACUGGGUUCAGGAUGCUCUAUCCCGUUGAUUUCCUCAACAAGACCAACGACUAUAGAAAAAGUGCUCGCACUCGCACUUGCGAGUCGCAGGAUACCCGACAAGAGGAACUCGACGUCGAGGAGUCAGAGGAGCGAACGGAGGAAUACCAUCGGGUUCGUCAAUUGGAUGCACGGUUCUUAGUGACACCUAGGCACAUGUGGGGCGAAGGCUCGUGCGACUUGAAUGUGGAGCGAGAAGUUGGGGGAGGUUGCGGUGCCCGGUUCGGGGACGAUGGAGAAGAUGACGAAGAGGAAGGGGAGUGUGGUAGUGGCGGGGGACGCGGACACGGUGAAGGUGGGGAAGACCAUUGCGAUGGAACGACAAGACAUAUGGAGUGGGAAAGAGGUGCGGCAAGCGGUGGGAUGGACGAUGACGGUACGGUUGGUGAGGAUAUGGAAGAGGAAGAAUUGGAAGACAAAGGAGGAGAUGUGGGUGGGACGUCUGGUGAACCCGCUGUGAAACACAAAGCAAGCGGUCGGGUACGCAAAACGUCACAGCCCAAGAAGAACAUGCGGUCAUCAAGGCACCCCAAAUCGGAUGACUACAGCGACGACGCUGAAGGGGUAGACCCUCGUAUGUCCGACCUCCAUGGCGACGACGAACAAGGAACAAAUAAACCCCGUCCGAUCAACAUGACGCAGUGCUACUUUCUCAAGUACAAUGAGCAAGGCAAAAAGAGAAAAGACCCGCCAAGGGUGGUGAUUGAUGUCAUGCAGAUCCUUCAAAUUCCCGAGGGAGACAUCGCCUUCAACCAACAAUCGCUGAACCCGGCCAUUGUUGCAGGCCUCGAGGCAGCAAUUGAGUCAUCAAUUGGUCUGAGGGAAGAGGAUGGUCCUGCUCGAUGGGAUCCACCGGAGUUGAUGCUGGCUCCGAUUAUACCCUCGGCGGCAGAUCUGAAUGAGCAAGGAACACGUAUCGUUCUAAAGGACUUCGAUCCCGAUAGGGCAGGUGAGUACUUCUAUUAUACAGUCGUCGGGCAGCAUACUGCCAUGAAAAGAGCAAUGGAGAAGGGAUCCGCAAUUGUGGACAUUUUCGAUAUUCAAACUUAUGAUCGUUGGCAAAAGGACUGGUCGAACAGGAUGAGGGGAUACAUGAAUGUCGCCACUCGCAGGAAAUGGAUACGGUUAUUGGUGAAGGAGUUUUUUGUAAAGUAUGAAGCAAGGGAAUUGCCGCUACAUGAUAACAAGUGUCCUAAGGACUUGCCUGGGAGGCAGGAGGGACGGGUGUCGGGCCAAUUCGUUGAAGAGGUACAGGGGAAGGAGGAGGUUUUCCAUUGUAUUCAGGAUAAGGACGGGGGAGCAAAUGCUACAGCGUCCUUCAAAGAUCUCGUGUCAUCGAACUUCAAAUGUUUCGAAGAUAUGACGGCGCGAGAGAAGGAAAUCCCUUUGCGGUUAAUGAUCAAUAAGAAAGUCAUCGCCACAAUCAUGCUGGUUCCUCUAGGGAAGUUGAACAUGACCAACCUCCUCGACAUUAUAAUUCAUGAGAGGUACAUGGUGCGUCUGUUCAACUACAUCGUCUUCAAAUCCAAGAACAAAGAAACGAAUGAGUGGAAGGAGAGGUUUUUCUUUGCCUAUGAGGAAAUGAUGCGAAGGUUUGGUGUGAAGGCGGAUGAACGAGACGAGCAAAAGGAUAGGAUCCCCCUGGAGUACAUCCGGAAGGUUCCGAAAAGACUUGGCGGAGAGCAAGAGGAGAAAGGCCUGAAAGGAGCUCGCCUCAAGGCCACCGGGGCAUUGUACAGAGACGCGUCGUUCCAUUUUAAGUUCUUCGUGUACCACACAAUAGGGAAGGUGGACUUGCUGACAACAGAGUUGCGCUGGUUAAAGAAUGUUGCGCUUCAUCUGUGUUGGGAGAAGAAAGGGCAAUGGUCAACAUUGUUGUCGAUCAAUAUGCACCCAAAGGAGUUGUUGCGCGCGGCCGGCGAAGUUGUGGCCGCAACCACAAACUUGAAUUGCAAGGUCGCCAUCCUCGAUUUCGCAACCCCGUCGCAUUACUCUGCGUGGUCGCCGGACGAUUUCGAUGCUGUACACAAAAUGAUGUCCAAAUUGUGCGGCAAUAAUUGGAUUUUAAUCGUUUUUGCACUACAGAAACAAUAAAAGACCGUAAUGUGACACCUUUACAACUGGGAGAACGUAGAGGUGAUACCUGAGACUUGGAAGCGCUAUAUGGGAUUGGAAUGACUAUCAACAAAUAUGGAAUUUGGCA